CUCGGAACAGGCGCUUCCGGCGCGGCGGCUGUGACGUCUGCGUUGGGCGCCGGGCUGUCCGGCGGGCGGGCGGGUGGUGGGAGAUGGCGGAGUAUCUAGCCUCCAUCUUCGGAACUGAGAAGGACAAGGUGCGGAGGAUUUCCCCGACUGCUGCAUCCUGAUCCUCAGGCUUCUGCCUGCAGCCUUCCACGCGUCGGGAACGCCUCUAGUUUCUCUGGUUGUUGGAAGCGUACUUACAAAACCCUCCUAACGAAAAUUUGGUCACCGUCAGCCUGACCAAACCAACGUGUUUUUCACUCGUAAAAAUGAAACGGGGCAUCGAUGUGCUGCAGGACUAAAUUAUUGUCAGCCCCUGGCCGUGAGGCUUCUGUUUUCCUUCUACUUUGUAGUGCUACACGCCAGUUCCAACCCAUUCGUCUUGUCAGAAAACCAAUAUCGGCAGCCUCUCCUGAGCUCUUGUCGCUGUAGCGUCCUUAUUGAUAUCAUGCAUUACAGUUUUACAGUAUUAGAAUAUGCCAUUAUAGCAGGCAUGAAAUUCCUCUCCUGGUCUUAUUUUCCAUGCAGAAAAGAAUCAGAACUCUCCAGAGGUGUCUUACGUUGAAGACACUAUUGAAAAUGUUAUAGUUAGGGCUUUUUUUUUUUUCAGGAUAGAGUUCAGAAAAGACAAGUCAACUGUUCAUUUUAUUUCAAAAUUGGAGCUUGUCGUCAUGGAGACAGAUGUUCUCGGUUGCACAACAAACCAACAUUUAGCCAGGAAGCGAUGCUGUUGUAAGCUUGCCUGUAGUAGAGUCCAACCAGUGCUAACUUUCAGAAAACUUGAUUUUAAGAAGAACGGUACAAAUACCAUCUUGAUUCAAAACAUCUAUCGUAACCCCCAAAACAGUGCACAGACGGCUGACGGCUCACACUGUGCCGUGAGCGAUGUUGAGAUGCAGGAACAUUACGAUGAAUUCUUUGAGGAGGUCUUCACAGAAAUGGAAGAAAAAUAUGGUGAAGUCGAGGAGAUGAACGUUUGUGAUAACCUUGGAGAUCAUCUAGUUGGAAAUGUAUAUGUAAAGUUUCGCCGUGAAGAAGAUGCAGAAAAGGCUGUGAUUGACCUGAACAAUCGCUGGUUUAAUGGGCAGCCCAUUCAUGCUGAGCUCUCACCUGUGACUGACUUCAGAGAGGCCUGUUGCCGUCAAUAUGAAAUGGGAGAGUGUACACGAGGAGGUUUCUGCAACUUUAUGCAUUUGAAGCCCAUUUCUCGAGAGUUAAGACGCGAGUUGUAUGGGCGUCGUCGUAAAAAGCAUAGAUCCAGGUCAAGGUCCCGUGAACGUCGGUCUAGAUCCAGAGAUCGUGGUCGUGGAGGUGGUGGUGGAGGAGGACGCGAACGUGACAGGAGGCGGUCAAGAGAUCGUGAAAGAUCUGGUCGAUUCUGAGCCAUGCCAUUUUUACUGUAUGUCUGCUAGAAAGUGUUGUAGUUUGACCAAACAAGUUCAUAAUGAGAUUUUUUUUAAAGAUGGGCUUCUGAAUAAAAAAUUUGUAGUGAUACAGUAUUCUUUGUGUAACUUGUUUCUUGUGGGGGGGAGUCUUUUUAACUGUCAUUCCUCUAUCUUGACAAAUACCUGGAUUAACUAUGCCUGAGGGAAAGGUGGUAAAUGCAUUGGAUGAGCGCCAGUUUUGUUUUGGUUUGGGGUUUUGUUUUUUUUAAUUCGGGUAUAAUUUGAACUGUUGAUGAAAAUGAUGUGUGUAUAUAAUAUAAAAUAUUAUAUACAUAAUAAAAAUAAUAUACUGCUUAAGAAACAGUUACUCACAUAAGUGUCCCUUUUCUGCUGUGCUGUCUGCUUAUUUAGGGUUAGUUUAGGCACAUUUAAAAGGAAGGCUGUGCGAAAUGCAUUUAUUUACCAAGUAGAAACGCUUAGUUACAAAAAUGUAUGUUUGUUUGUUACCAGAAGUCUGUGCUCUGUCUAUCAAUGUGACUGUGGCAUUUACAAUAAAUCCAAUUUCUUGGUGUAACAUCUAAAGCCUAUUUUCUAAGCACUGUGGAGUAGUUGAGUUGCUACUCCUGGCUGUGCCAGAACACAUAGUUCAGGUUUUUGUAUGAUUCCUGACUAAAUUCCUUUUCUUUGGCUGGAAAGAAAGUUACCUAAUGCAGUGUAUGUGGGGGGAAACUAAUAUUUUUAUUGCAAUGAUUCCAUAAUAGGCAGGUGAGUUUUUUUAAAAACAAGAAACUCAUGCGCCAGGCAAAGUGACACACAGGAUCUGUUGGAGGAAAUGCAAGGUCCUAAAUACAAGGACCAAAUUUCUUAACAGAUUGAGUUUUUUUCACUGUGUUCUCUUAGCUGUCACUUAAUGAAAAGCAUUUCAUUUUCAGGGUCCUAGGAAACUAAUUGGAAGCUAGUGGAAAAUAAAUCUUUUUCUCACCUUUGCUCACUUCCUGACACUCUGAAGUAUGAUUAAAGCUAAUAGGUACAUGGCAGUUUCUUCAUAGACAUCUUUCUUUUUAGUUGAAUUGCAUACUAGCCGUGUAUCAUAGACUGUGUAUCUCUUAAGGAGUUAAAGCUCUGAUGAAGUGUUGCUGGAACAUCUUAGGUGACAGUUUGUGCGUUGGCUGACUUGUGGUUUAACUCCAUUCAUGUCUGCUUUUUUCCAAGUGUAGUGUAGUAACAGAUCUUGGUCUGUGGUUAUAUCUCUGCAAGAUGAAACUUUUAUGUACAGGAAUCUACAUAAUACAACAUAGCUUGCCAUUGCAGGGAGAAUUUAUUAGUGCUUUUUUAGUUCUCAGUCUGAUAGCUUGCUAAAUUAUAAAUCUGUUCCUUGAUCACUAUUAUAAAGGGAAAGAAAUAGCAAGGGUAUGGAAGCAUUGCAAAGUCAGAUUAACAACCCAGCUUCUCUCUGCCUCCUAAAUAAGUGAGAAACCAUUUUGCUCACUCGAACUCGGAGCUGGAAAACAAAAUAAUAUUGAAAAAUUAGCUUUUCUAAAUGAAUCUGCUUUGCCCCUUGCAACUAAAUUCUUGCACCAAUUCAAUUUGAAUUUAUUUUGUUCGCACUGGAUCAUUGGCCAACCAGAUUGUGGAACUUAUUUUGCCGGUAAUGUUUUCAAGAAAUGUAUCGAUGUGAAGAUGGCUUCGCUGCUUGUGUUUAAUUACAAGUUACACUUUAAUUUCACUGGAAAAUAUGCAGUGCCUGGCAUUAGAUGGCUGAACUGAAGCUUGUGGUGUUUCUCCUGGAUAUUAGAAAUUUAAUGUUGAUAAUUUAGUUAUUGCAGUUAACAGGAUAUUAAUCCAAUUCUGUUUCCUCUUCAGUGAGAUGUGGGAUGAAUAGUGAGCUAAUUUAAACCUCAAGCUCAAAAAGGUGUGGGUAGCCUUUCUGCUUGUUUUUUUUUAACUAUUAUCUAUAGUGUUACGUGGAUACUAUUUAAAAAGGUUUAAGAUCAUAUUCACACGGAUGAAUGGCAGAAUCUGAUUUGCUCUAUAAGCAAGUUAAUUUUAAACUAGUAUAAAUAUGUCCCUAUAACAGCUUUCAUCUGUUUAGAUAAACCCUGUUAAACUGCAGCUGUGCUUUUGCGUGAGCAGAUAGCAGGUUGAUUUCUCAUACAGUCUUUCUGAGGAAAGGUGAAUUCCACCAAAUGCAUCAUAUCAUGGUCUGAUUGCACAGCUACCCAAAAAUUAACGAUGUAACUGCAAUAUGUCAUAAUGGGCACUGAAAGUAAUGGAUUUUACUGGAUACUUAAUGGAAAAAAACUCGUGCACUGAUCAUUACCUGAUUGUGUAAUGAUUACCUAAUUACAGCAUUCAGCAUAUAAACUAAGCUCAAGGCAUAUCUUCAGUUAGGUUCACCUAUUAAGACUAUUACGACCAGUGAAAGUCAACAGACUUGAAAUUUAAACUGCAUGUACUUGGUUAAACACACACAGCGGUCCAACCUAUAUUGGUUUACCAAUACAAACCAAGUUGAAAUCCUGCCUCCCCUUCCUGUUGUUGCUUAUAAUGUCAUAGGGUGAUUUUUUUGGUUUUCCUCUUUCUCCCCAAAGGUACCUACUUCUCACAAAUAUUUCAUUGUUGACUCUUUGAUUAAAACAGUGGAUCUUAAUUUACGGAACUUCUUUACCUCGGAUAAGUGACAGCAUACAGAUUUUCUGAAGUCUGAGUCAAUUAGUUCAAACUGUUAAUCCCAAGUGGCUUCCUCUUCUUUGUAUUUGGCUCUUACUUUGUGAAAAUGCUGCUUGGAUUUCAUGUAUGUUAAGACUGUAAAGCCAAAUGGAGAAAACUUGUUCAAAAUAAAGCCUUUU